AUGGGUUGUGGAAAUUCGAAAAGUGCUGAAACUUAAGAGAACAAAGGUCCACCCAAAGAUCGAAAUUCAGAAGAAUAGGAAGAUUAGUAAGAAGAAGAAGAAAAUCAAGAAGAGUAGCCAACUGCUCGAGUGGUCAGUAAAUAAGAAAAGCAGAAGGAAAUUAGGUAAAUCGCAAGAUCUGCUCCUAGAGAUUAAAUGACUGGUAAAGUAGAUAAAUCUAAGUUUCCCUUUUGGCAUUAAGUAAUAGAAUACUUAAAACUUGAAGAAAUCACAAAGAUGGCUGCUGUCUCAAAACAUAUGACUGAGUAGGUUGCUGAAAGUCAUAAUGAAGACUAAGAUAAAAGGGAUGAGCCAGAUAUGGCUAAAACUAUCAAUACCAAAAGACUGCCUCAGUAACUUUUUGAAGAUGAUAACGGAAAUCAUCAGACUUUAGAUGAGGAUCUUGAAGAUGACUUUGAGGAAAUGGAGGAAGAAGAGGAUGAAGAUGAAGAUCUCGCUCGAUAAACCAAUAAAUUUUCUCAUAAGUCAUAAUCCAAACAGCAGAUUGACAAAAGUUAGAUCAGCUAAGAGAAUACAUUAAAAGAAACGGCUGAUGAUAUAGCUUUAGGCAAUACUUUCAAUACACUUACUGAUUUUCCAAAGACAGUAAAGCAGCCCACAAUAGAGGAGAAACCUAUUAAUCCAAAAAGUAUUGCAAGAUAAUAAUCAUUACAAAAAAAUUUCACUUUGAUCAAGGAGGAGGAUGAAUCAUUAGAGCAAUCAUUUCAUUCCAUAAAUAAAAGAAGACCAGCCACUAAAGAUCCAAACGAAGUGAAUCUUAAGAUUGAAAUGAUAAGUACUGAAAUAUAACUAUAGAAGAGUAGUGAUAUUCCAAUUGAAUAAUACAUAAAAUAAUAAGAGAAGGAGAAGCACUCAGAUAAGGAAAGAGUUAAAGAUGAAUUGAAUAAGACUAUGGUAUUUAGAAAACAGCAAACACAGUAAGAGGAGUAAAGUAACAAUUAAAAACUGUUGGCUGAUAGGCCUCUUUAGGAUGGUUCUUUAAUGAGAUUAAGUGGCUUGAAAGCACCUGCUGCUUAGUAGGAAGGCGAGAUCAAUGAAACUCCAAGAUACUUAUAGAAGAAGGAAAAUUACUAUGACAAUCAAGAGAAGUUUCUACAGCCAAAUAUACAACAGAAUCAAUACGCUAUAUUGCAUAGUAAUAUUUGUUCUUAUCAUAUUUUAGCUUCAGAUUAUGACGGAAAAGUUCAUAAGCAAUUUGGAGUAUACUAAUUCGACAACGAUAUACCUAUAUUUGAUAAGAGACCUUAAAGACUCAUAGAAAGGCUAGCUAUAAAGUAAGAGAUAGAGGGCAGCCAUUUCAGGAAAAGAUCCAUACCUGGUGGAGCAGGAAUGCAAAUAGUUUUUAACUCUAAGCCUCCUACAUCCGAAAGUAUGCCUAGGAAUCAUGAUCCAUUAUUGCCAAAAAGACUACCUAAAUUCGAUGAAAUAUAGUAGUAGAAAGUUGAAGUAUUCAACUAAGUUUAAAAAGAGAUACCAAAACCUAUACCAACUGAUGAUUUCAAGUAAAUCUUAUGGGGGUAUCUUUCAUGCGCUGAUAUGCUUGAAUUACAAAAGCUAUUUAAGUAGUCAGAGGAAAGCAGGAUUAUAAGAAAUUACAAGGAUCUAGUAUUUAACAAGCCACUUCCUUUCACUCAAACUAAAGAAUAGAGAACUUUAUCAACACUUUAUAUUGCAGUAGCAACUGGAUCACUAGAUAACUGUAGAAUUAUUAUGGAUGAACUUAUCAACAUCAAUAUUGAAUAGGGUAUUGAGAUUAAAAAAAGAGCCAAAGAUGAAAAAGAAUACCAUUAAAUAUAGAAAAAUGAGUUAAUGAUUAAAAAAAGAACACCUUUAUAACUAGCCUGCGCAUUAGGACUAUUUGAGAUAGUUGACUUUUUACUAUAAAAGGGCGCAAACCCAAAUGGAACUUCUUAAGAAUAAUUCGAAUAGCACUGUGAUAACUAUAUUCCUCCUAUAGUUCUCUGUAUAAAUAGUAAAUUUAGAAAACUUAUAUGCUAGGAUGAAUUAAUCGGAAUAGAAAUCUGGAAGGUAUAUGAUUAGUAUUAGAGUAUCGAUCACUUAAGAUGCCUUGAUAUAUUAUUAAAGAACAAAGCAGAUCCCAAUCUUCAUCUUUCUAGUUUUACUUAAAACAAGCCUUUUCCAAUAUUUCAUGCACUCAAAGAAAGAGCACUUAUUGAAAAACUGAUCCAAUUUGGAUGCAAUAUCAAUAACUAAAAUAAAGAUCAUCUUACCCCGCUUUGCAAGCUAUGUACAAAAGUACCCAAGAAUAAUACAGGCAUUACGGAGGAGUACGAAAAUGAUUAGUUAGAAAAGGCAUCGAUUCUCCUUCACAAAGGAAAAUCAAAAAUUGUUUAUUGCUGUAGAGCUAAUCCAAUAAUAGAAGCAGUUAAAACUGAAAAAUUUAUUUUAGCAAAAUAUCUUGCAAUUAAUGGGGGCGAUGUAAAUUGGAGAGGACCAAAUUAGCCCUCAUUGGUUCAAAUAGCAGUUGAUCUGAACAAUGAAUAUGUGCUUAAGGAGAUUUUGAGUUGGUAAAAACUAGACCCUAUAGAUUUUUACUAUUAUGACUAGAAUGGUAAAAACAUUUUCCAUCGCAUAGCAGAAUUAUAAAAUCCAGAACUAUUUAUUAAAAUAGCUGAGUCUAAUAAGUUCAACCCAGCCAUGAUAUUCAAAUAUAUUAAUGAACCUGUAAAAGAUCAAGGGAUAGAGACUUUACCUCUUGUUAAGUGCUGUCCUUUGGUUGAACUAGCUGACCUCUAUAUAAAAUUUGGUGCUUAAGUAGAGUUACUAUCCUUCAGAACCUGCUAUGACAUGUUUGCAAAGGACAACAUUAAAUUCUUAGAAUUCCUAGUUAAAAAAGGAGGUCUUAAUAUUGAUGAAAUUGAUGCAUUCGGAAGAACAGCUUUAAUUUAAGCUUCAGAGGAGAAUGAUCUAAAGGCAUUUAGCUUCUUACUUCGAUUGGGAGCUGAUCCUGAUGUCAAAUAUCAGGAUGACUUCAAUCAAAGAUAGGGUAUGACACUUCUGCACGAAUCAUGCCUAUUAGGAUCGGUUGAAAAAGUUAGACUUUUACUAUAGCAUGGUUCAAAUAUAAAUCUAAAAUGUGCUAGAGGUAGGACUACAUUAGACUUUCUCAAAACUAACCAUGAGAAAAAAAGUAAUAGAAGAAAGGAAGAAAUAAAAGCUCUUCUUUAUAAGUAAACAGUAAAAAAUCAAAUACUUAAUAAGUAAUGA